ACCUCUUCUCCUUUCUCCUUCCACACCUCCCCACCCCAUGCCGCGACUCGACUCGACUCGUCUCGACUCUCCAACGAUGCGGUCGCGGCUAUAUACCUCAGGCUUCUUCGACUCCCCGACACGCCAUUGCUUGCCGCCGCUUGCUGCUUUCCCGCAACUCGCGUCGCGUGCGUACUGCGUAGGAUAGGAGGGAGAAGUGCAGAAGAGGAGGCGGCCGGUUGAUUGAUUUGAUUUGAUGGGCAACGUCGCGAUCGGCGUGGGGCGGCGGAGGCGGCGCUGGCCGGAGGUGGAGGAGCGGCUCACGCAGCCGCGGAGGCUCCUCCGCCAGCUGUCCGACGUGGACUCCGGCCGGCUUCGGAGGCUCAUCCGCUCCGGCGACCUCGCCCCGUGCUUUGAUGCCGCCGAGGACGACGCUGGCCUCGACGAGGAUUGCCCCAUUUGCUUCUACUUCUAUCCGAGCCUGAAUCGAUCCAAGUGUUGCGGCAAGGGGAUCUGCACAGAAUGCUUCUUGCAACUGAUUCCGUCCAAGUCUUCGAAAGUUGUCCACUGUCCUUUCUGCAAAACCGCAUCCUACGCAGUUGAGUAUCGAGGCAAUCGAGCCAAAAGGGAGAAGAAACUGGAUCAACAAAAGGAACAGAACACCAGUGAGUCUAAGAAGAAAAUACAGUCUAAGUCUCAGAUUGCUGAUGAACUUGUUCAACCUUAGCAGUUGCAAAACAUAUUUUUGACAGGGCUAACUUCUUACUAACCACUGAAGGGAGUCUUUCAGCAUUAGUCGUUUCAGAACCAAUGUACAUUGAAGCAUAAAUAUUCGGCCAAUGGCAGUAAAAGAAUGAGGAUUUGGUGCAGAAUUGUACGAUGAUUCGCUAGCCGAAUCUGAAGACAAAGAUUAAGUUCCAAGUGUUUUAAGUCCUAAAUUACAUUCGUGGCUGUCAAGGGCUCCACGUAAGCAUCCCAUAAGGCAACCACAAGUGUUUCGUUUCAGUGCGGUGCACUUGACACACUGCAGGAUCAUGCCCUCUUUCUUCUUUUUUCAUCUCUCUCUCUCUCUCUCAUAUAGCAAUGGUUUUAAGCUUUGGAGGUGUGCAUUUUUUGUACCAUAUUGGCAAGUCUAGAAUGAUACUGAUACCCUAAUACCAGUUGUAUUCUUUAGUUAAACUUUUUUUUUUUGCUUUUUCAUGAAUUCUUCAGACAUGAUGUAAACUAUGAUGCACUUUUUGGAACAAAUUUUCAAAUAUUCCCAUCACAAACA